UCUCUCUCUCUCUCUCUCCACAUACACAAAACACACACAGCACAUGGGCGUGAAUUUCCAGCCACCAGCUCCUCCACCCUGAACGCAACCUCCUAAAAUAGCAACGCGACUUCGGGAAGCCUCGGGAAAAAAAUGGCUGAAACUGUUUCACCAGUAACUCGACAAGUAACUAAAGAAGACCAGGAAACUUGGACUCCAUCCAUCGAUAUUCGCAUUGAAGACGUGGAAGACUGUUUAUUAUACGACCGACAUGGAGUCUCUAUUCCGUUCAAGAAAUUAUAUCAAGACAGGAAAUCGGUGAUAAUUUUCGUCCGGAAUUUUUUGUGCUACAGCUGCAAAGAAUAUGUGGAGGAUUUGAGUAAAAUCCCCAGAGAAGCCCUGGAGGAUGCAGAUAUAAGACUGGUUGUAAUAGGUCAGUCUGCUUACACUCAUAUAGAGUCAUUCUGCUCACUAACUGGGUAUCCUUAUGACAUGUAUGUGGACCCAGCGAGGUGCAUUUAUCAAAAGCUGGGCAUGAAGAGAGAGGAGACAUUUACAGACUCAGCCCACCCUAGUCCUCAUGUGAAGUCUGGUUUGUUGAUGGGACAAAUGAAGAGUAUAUGGCGGGCCAUGACCAGCCCUCUAUUUGACCUCCAGGGUGACCUACAUCAGCAGGGAGGAGCCAUUAUUGCAGGUCCAGGCUCUCGCGUUCAUUUCGCCCAUUUUGACACAAACCGCCUCGACCACAUGCCCAUUAACUGGCUCCUGCAGCUCGCCGGAGUUCAACAGACUCUGGACUUCAGUGAUAAGCCAAAUAUUAUCCAUGUGUAGGCAGCUGGUGGCCUGAAAGUCAACUGAUGCCACAUCAUUCUCAGAGACAAGCGCUUCAGCAUACACCGGUCUCUUUUCAAGGCUUUGUGGAGUGUAAAGGUUCAGUCUUGAUAUUGGAAACUAUACUAACUUGAGGUUUUAAUAACUUAUUGUUGAAUUUGAAUUUGUUGAAGUUGAAAGCUCGAGUAAAGAUAACUAGACUGACUGAGUACUGAGCAACCUUGUGUUGAUAAGACUAUGAAAAGCUCUGGAAAAAGCUUGUAAGUGGUCAUUGAGGUCAGAUUUGUAUUUUUUUUUCAAUAGAGUAUUUUCUGAAAGCAGGAGUGAUGUGUGUUUGUGUGUGUAAGAGGGGAAUGAAUGCAAUACAGACAAUAUUUGUCUAGCUCCUUUUUACAUUUUCUACCUUUUCUAUUAGUCGCUAUACAAUGUCAUAUAUUGUGCAAUUCAGUUACCAGGUUUGAAUUAAAAAGACAGUUUGGUUAUUAUAUUCAUGAACAAUUAAAAUCAACUGGUUCACUUUCAUGCAAAGCAUUGGCUGUCAUAAAAACCUUCCUUUAAUAUGCACUUGUUUAUUGUACUGUAAAUAAACAUAUUGCUAUUC